GGAAGUAGUCAACGAGGAAAUGAAAACGGUUAGCAGGAGUCGUUGUCAUUUUAUAAUUCCGCGCUGCAUUCCUGCAUUUUUACGUUUGUACUUUAUUUGUAACUCAUUACAAACUACACAUGAUUAAUUCUUCAUGUGAGGAUAAACUCAUCUCUGUGAAAUUGGAAGCUCUCCGGCUAGCUUAGCUUGCUAGCUUCUAACAACAGCUAACGCGGAAGUGAUCAACACAUCGUUAAGCAGAGAUCAAGUAAUUAUUUGUAGUGUUGGAAAGAACGAUAGCAGAGUACGAGGAGGAACUUUCUCGAACAAAAGAGGAGAACGAGCGACAACGCCAACUACUGGACACUUUUCAAGAAGCAUCAAGUUGUGUUACACAGAGCAGACGUCACUGAAGAAGAUCUUCCCCCUGAGCAGCAGGAGUGGAGUUCCAGAAUGGAGCUGGAUGAGCCACAGCCUCCCUACAUUAAAAAGGAAGAGGAGGAGCCACAGCCCCCCCACAUUAAAGCGGAAGAUGUGGAGCACAGCAUCAGUCAGAAGCAAGAGUAUCUUGAAGGACUGGAGGAGUUCCUAGUGAUUGGUGUCCCUGUGAAGAGUGAAGAUGAAGAAGACAAAGGUGAAAGUGAGGAGAAGAGAGAGGUGGAACCUCCAAGCAGCAGCUCAACUCAACACAUGACAACAGAAGCUGAUGGAGACCACUGUGGAGGAUCACAAGCAGACAACCUCUUAGCUCCACUAUCAGAUAGUGACGACACAACGUCACACUCUCCUGACACUGAUGAUGAAGACUCUAAAGCUGAUAUGACAUGUCACACUGACAAAACACGCUUUAAAUGCUCUCACUGUGAAAGAGCUUUUAAUGAUCGUAGUAAUCUGAAUAGACACAUGAGAAAUCACACAGGAGCGAGACCAUUCCUGUGUUCAGUUUGUGGUAAAAGAUUCUCUCAGAAGGCACAUUUGACAGCACACACAAGAAUACACACUGGAGAGAAACCUUUUUCCUGUUCAGUGUGUGGUAUAGGUUUUGUACGAAAUCAAGAUUUGAAAAUACACAUGAUAAUACACACUGGAGAGAAACCUUUUUCCUGUUCAAUCUGUGGCGUCGGUUUUGUAAGGAGUCAAUAUUUGAAAAGACACAUAAGAAACCACACUGGUGAGAAACCUUUUACCUGUUCAGUGUGUGGUAUAGGUUUUGUUCGAAAUCAGUGUUUGAAAAGACACACGAGAAGACACACUGGAGAAAAACCACAUUCCUGUUCAAUCUGCAACAAAAGCUUUUGUGACCGAACAACACUUCUAGCACACGUGAGAAGACACACAGGUGAGAAACCAUAUUCCUGUUCAGUGUGUGGUAUCGGUUUUCCAUCAAAAUAUAAUUUGAAAACACACACGAUAACACACACUGGAGAAAAACCAUAUUCCUGUUCAGUGUGUGGUAUCAAUAUUGCAAGAAAAUCUAAUUUGAAAAGACACAUGAGGACACACACUGGAGAGAAAGUGUUUAUUUGCAGUGUGUGUGGUGAAAGAUUCUCUUAUAAGUACCAGCUUGAUAAUCACAAGUGUGCUGGUGAGAACAGCAGCAGUAAAUGAAGCUGCACGACUUGAACAGAACUGUCGAGACUUUGAUAACUUUGACUUUCUAACAUCAUCACCACAAAUAACAUGUGUGACAUUGUUGUUUGUGUAACACAAUGUUAAUAUGCAAUAAAAAUAGGGGA